AACAAAUUUUGGGAAGCCGAUGGAGAGUUGAAAGAGCUGUGGACACAACUGUCCACAGCAAUGAUGCAAGAAAAUGGCAAUGCAGAUGGAGAUUGUGGUCAAAACAAAUUUUGGGAAGCCGAUGGAGAGUUGAAAGAGCUGUGGACACAACUGUCCACAGCAAUGAUGCAAGAAAAUGGCAAUGCAGAUGGAGAUUGUGGUCAAGUGAAUGAUAAUGGAACAUCGAGACCAGCAACUCCUUCUGAAAAGGCGGCAUGCAAGUAUUUGCAUGCCGGCUUCACCGAACUGUAUAAGGCGCCGGAUGCGGCGCCGCCGGCGCCGUCAGGCGCCGGCAUCUUAUCUAAGAACAACCCAUCGUUUAGACAAACGAUGGGUUGUUUUUUACUUCACGCUUAUGCACAACAUAUGAAGAAGAAAGCUGUUUGUGACAUAGAGCAAGGAAUAAAACAAGCAUUUGAUUUGUGGAAGGAACCGCAGAAUAAAGAUGGAACUUCCUGCCACAAGGACGGUGCCAAUGGCAAGGAACCUUGUGUUCCUUGCCAUUGGAAAGAGACCGACUAUAACAGUUGCACAGUUAACAUAAAUGGCACAGAACCGACGAACGUAAAAAAGAAAUUGGACGUCAUCAUCCCGGAAGGCGACCCCCACAUUAAGACAAUGGCAGAACAAGUAAAUAAAGUAGACAGUCUAUGUGACCAAGUCCAAUGUGUCACAACUCGAUGGAUGAAGGACAGAACGAACAAUGGCGGUGAGGAGCGCAAAUGGACUGACGUGUGGACAGAAGUUAAAGGGCAAAUCACCGCCCUUGGCGGUGCGAUUAGCACCGCCACAUCUAAAGAGAAGAAAGACCAAUAUGAAACCUACUGCAGUGGUAUAGAUGAAAGCAAAGGAAAGGAUGCUUGCAUCCUUAUAGCAGCAGGAUUAAAAAGUCUCUACGACAUCAAGGACAACGACAACGGUAACGAUGCCGUUACGGCAUCGUUCCAAAGAACGAUGCGUUGUGUUUUAUUAAAUGCCAUUGCAGAUAAAUUAGAAAGUAGCGAAUUUCCCUGUACGGAUGAAAAGAAAGUGGCCGAUGCGAUAAAGAAGGCAUUCGAGAAGAGUGUUGACAUUGAGGAUAAAAGUGACGGUUGCAAGAAUGGUACUGCUGCGUGCUUUAAGUGUGAUAGGGUAUCUUUAAAGAAUCUUAUGAAUUGCCAAGUUGGCGAAAACAGAGAUAAGGAGUUAAAGGACAAAGUAGAAGAAAUGCUCCAGGAGGACGGUGCUAAGGAUGAAAUAAAGAAAAUUAAUGACCAAGCUAUAAAGGACAUAUGUAAACCAUGUACAGAGACUACCUUCUGUGAUCGCCUGAAAUGUUCAAUUGCGAAGUGGGGAAAAAAUAGGGGUGGGGGAGUACCGACCUGGCAUGAACUGCAGGAUCACUUCAAGUGGAGAUUGGGGGAACUCGCAACCCACAUGGGGGUCGCAGCACAUCAGAAUGAAGUUGCCGAACACUGCAAAGACAACAAUGGCACGCCUUGGGAAGCCGGCCCAGCCGGGGAUGCCAAUAAAACAGCAUGCACGCUUGUGGCGGCAGGAUUACACCGCAUUUCGAGUAUUCAACAUAAAUAUAAGAAGGAUAAUGUGACACCCACGGAAAAUAAUAACCCCUUCGACCACCAAGAGUUUCAGCAAUUAGUUUCUUGCUUAUGGUUAAAGAGGCUCGUAGAAGAAAUGGAAAAAAGAAGUAUAAUUUGCGAUAUAUCUAAAGGGAUAAAAAAGGGUUCUGAGGCGUGGAUACAAAUUAAAGGAAAAUGUACGAGGGAGCCCUGUAUUGACUGCAAUUUGGACGAACUUCACCAAUAUGAAGAUUGCCAGAUUGUUAAAGACGUUCCCAAUGUAAAGCCUAAAUUGGAACCACUGCUCGCAGGGGAGAAAAAGGCGAACGUUGAUAAAACCUUGGAUGCAAUAACUAAAACAAAAGGAAAUGCCGAUUCUUCAUUAUGUCCCCGUUUACAAUGUCUAGCAUCCAAAGUUGAAGCACUUAAAGCACAAGGACAGAAUGCUAAUGCG